UGCUCCGCCUCUGCUGUCUCCGCCCCUCAGCCCUGGACCAGUGACUGACCGCUUGUGAGUUGUAACAGACUUUAACAGCUUUUGCAGCGGUUACCGAACUCGAGUCUGAAGACAUGCGGGUAGCAGUGAUUGGAGCUGGAGUCAUUGGUCUGUCAACUGCUCAGAGCAUCUAUGAGCAGUAUCACUCAAUCAUCAGUCCGCUGACCAUUGAGGUGUAUGCAGACCGCUUCACUCCGUUGACCACCAGUGAUGGAGCUGCUGGUUUCUGGCAGCCGUACCUGUACGAUAAGGGCAACGUCCAGGAGACAAAAUGGAAUAAAGAGACAUUUGACUACUUGCUGAGCUUCCUCAGUUCAUCAGAAUCCAUAAAAAUGGGCAUAUUCCUUCAGUCUGGCUACAACCUCUGCACUGAACCAGCCCCAGAUCCCUCAUUUAAAGACGCCGUCCUGGGCUUCAGACAGCUCACAGAACGAGAGCUGAAGAUGUUCCCUGGAUUCACUUAUGGGUGGUUCAACACUGCUCUCAUGGUGGAAGGUAAAUCAUACUUACCUUGGCUGAUGGAUUGGCUGCAAAAAAGGGGGGUGAAAUUUUACCACAGGAAAAUAGAGUCCUUCAAGGAGCUGGCAGAAACCGGGGCAGAUGUGAUCAUAAACUGUACUGGGAUAAGAUCGGGAGAGCUGCAGCCGGACCCAGACCUGAAACCAGGCCGCGGUCAGAUAGUUAAGGUGGAUGCUCCAUGGUUGAAACAUUGGAUUAUCACCCACAACUUUACAACAGGAGUCUACAGUUCACCAUACAUCAUUCCAGGGAGUCGUCUUGUGACAGUUGGUGGGAUUUUCCAGCUAGGAAACUGGAGUGAACAGAACAACUCUGUUGACCAUAAGACAAUCUGGGAAAGCGCCUGCCGGCUGGAACCCAGCCUCAAGCAUGCCAGGAUAGUGGAGGACUGGUCCGGCCUCAGACCUGUUCGCAGUAAAGUCCGACUGGAGAGGGAGACCAUACAGUCUGGUGCAUCUACAAUAGAGGUGAUACACAACUACGGCCACGGAGGUUUCGGGCUCACCAUUCACCGAGGCUGUGCCCAGGAGGCAGCAAGGCUCUUCGGUCAGAUCGCUCAACAAAAAGGCAAAGGUCCAAAAGCUCACUUGUAAAUUUUUGCAUCAUGCAGCUGUGAUUGGUGCACUCCUUUUUCAGGUUUCACUGUCAGAGCCUUGUAUACAGUGGUGCGCUAACUCCUCUUGUCUCUACCUACAUUGAAAGCAAACAGAUAUUCCGUCUUUGGGGGUUAUUACAUCACUUUAAAACAAUGUCAUGUACUGUAUAUGUGAUGCGAAAGAGUAAAUGUAGAAAAAGUAGAUGAACCUACUGAAAAUAAAUACUGAAAUCACAAAAAUGUGAUUUUUUUAGUAAGAAAUAACAACACGAAUCCACUGCUCUUUUGGAAAGAUUAUUUACUAUAGUAUCAUACACAUUUACAUCCAGUGCAUUGACAAGAAUCUGUGCACACAGACACUUAACGCAGCACUAAAUCUCAAACACUGGCAGGUAAGAGUCAGCUUGGUGGACCUGUGCUAGUUUUAAUCUUUUUUUCUUUUCUUUUUUGCAAACAAAACUUUUCUCAGCGUGUUGCUCGUCGAAGCAGACUGGGCAAAGUCUGUCUCCACAUCACCUUUGUUACAAACAAAAGCAAAGACAACAACUAAACCAGGGAUCGAUACAUUAUUUACAGAGAGACAGAAAGUAACAUCCCACUAAAUGAUUGAAUAUGCAUGUGUAGGUCUUACAUGAACACAGUAUGAAAGUCUGGUAAAGUAGAGCAAGAGACAUAGCAUGGUUUAUAGAUAAUAACACUGUAUACUCGUGUUAAUGUUUUUCAUUUUUUUAAAUCAAAUCAUUUAAAAUCAUUUUUUAACUUGGGCUGAGUCAGGUUUGGGUGGUGAUAAUAUUCAGAUUUAAAUUCCCUAAUACUUUAACAUUAACUUACGUAAUGCUGUCUUCAAAUGCAAGCCAGGAUCUGUGGAUUUGCUCCUUUUAUGCUAUGAUUAUGAGAUAUUGUCAGCUGAUGACGACUUUGGCGGAUUUGACAGCUUGUUAUAAAUAAAUGGCCACAUAAUGAUCAAGA